AUGACCAAGAUGAAAACAAUAGAUACUUUCUUCAAAAACACUAGCCAGAAGAGUGAAAAUGUUUCUAAUGUUGUUACAUCAACACCAACCUCUUCAAUACUUGAGGCAUCAAACAUGAACACUUUAGCUCCUCAACAAGAUAGUUCAAAGUCAAAGCGCCCACGACUUAAUCCUGAACAAAUGGAAGUAUGUCAUUUGGUAAGAGAUCCAGGAAUUCGACCAAUGAUUUGGAAGUUUCAUCCAAGUAAAAGAGAUGAAAUUUGUCGAGCUUAUCUUAAAGCUGGACCAAAUCAACCAAUACUUGAUAAGUAUCCUUUCUCAAGCGAUACAAGUCAUCAUUGUCGUUUUCAAGCUUCUUGGUUUGAAUUAUAUCCUUCAUGGUUAGAGUAUUCUAUUAAAGAUGAUGCUGUAUAUUAUUUACCAUGCUACCUAUUUGCUAUGGAAUCUUCAAUCAAUACAGGUUCAAAUGCUUUCAUUGAAAACGGCUUCAGGAAUUGGAAGAAGUUUUUGGGUUCUUACAAUAGUAGUGUUCAGAAGCUUGUUUUGGAAAAUGCUCCUAGAUUUGCUAAAUAUACUUCAAGUGAUGUUCAAAAAGAAAUUCUACAUGUUACAAUGGUAAGAAACUCAAUUAGAAAGGAUAUUGGAUAUGCCAAAUUUUGUAUUAUCAUUGAUGAAGCUCGUGAUGAAUCUAAAAAAGAGCAAAUAGCUAUUGUUUUGAAAUUUGUUGAUGUGGAUGGUUUUGUUCGUGAACGCUUCUUUGAUCUUGUACAUGUUAGUGAUACUAGUUUCUUGACUUUGAAAAAAGAGUUAGUGUCUGUGCUUUCUAUUUAUAAUCUCCAAAUUGAAAAUAUUCGAGGUCAGAGGUAUGAUGGUGCUAGCAAUAUGAGAGGGAAAUGGAAUGGUUUACAAGCUUUAUUUCUCAAUGAUUGCCGACAAGCAUAUUAUGUCCAUUGUUUUGCUCAUAGAUUGCAGUUAGCACUAGUGGCUUCUUCAAGGGAAGUACUUCAAAUUCAUGAGUUUUUCACACAAUUGACUGCUAUUGUCAAUAUUGUCAAGGUGCAAAUCAAAUGGGCACUUUACAAAGAGCUGGAGAUACAAGAUGGAGUUCUCAUUCAUUCUGUUUGUAGCUUGAUAAGAAUGUUUGCAGCUACUCAAACCGUUCUUAAUAACAUUAUUGAUGAUGGUAUAACUUUUUCUCAAAGAGAUGAGGCUUAUGGUGUCAACAAAGUGCUAUCCUCGUUUGAAUUUGUUUUUUCGUUACAUUUGAUGAAGGAAAUUAUGGGGAUUACUAAUAUUUUGUGCCAAGCAUUACAACAAAAAUCUCAAGAUAUUUUGAAUGCAAUGCAUGUUGUUUCUACAUCAAAACUGCUUCUUCAAAAAUUGAGGGAUAAUGGUUGGUGCAAUUUAUUUGAGAUUAUUAAGAAGUUUUGUGAGAAACGUGAAAUUGACAUCCCUGAUAUGAGUACACAAUGA